AUGGGUUACAUAGGUGGUCAUGGCAUCAAUGCACUGCAUAGAUACAAGUACAGUGGAGUUGAUCACUCUUAUCUCGCAAAAUAUGUCUUGCAACCUUUCUGGACUCGAUUUGUUACCUUCUUCCCUCUUUGGAUGCCGCCUAAUAUGAUUACACUCAUGGGAUUCAUGUUCUUGCUCAUAUCUGCAGUGCUUGGUUAUAUAUACUCACCACAUUUGGACUCUGCUCCACCAAGAUGGGUUCAUUUUGCCCAUGGACUACUUCUCUUCUUGUAUCAGACGUUUGAUGCUGUUGAUGGAAAACAAGCUAGAAGGACAAGUUCUUCCAGCCCAUUAGGAGAACUUUUUGAUCAUGGAUGUGAUGCACUUGCAUGUGCUCUAGAGGCUUUGGCUUUUGGAAGCACUGCAAUGUGUGGAAGAAAUACAUUUUGGUUUUGGGUGAUUUCAGCUGUUCCAUUUUAUGGUGCCACAUGGGAACACUAUUUCACCAACACCUUAAUCCUUCCAGCAGUAAAUGGGCCUACAGAGGGUCUCAUGCUUAUAUAUAUGGCACAUUUCUUUACAGCUAUAGUUGGUGCACAGUGGUGGGCUCAGAGUUUUGGAGAGUCCAUUCCCCUCUUAAGUUGGGUUCCAUAUUUAAAUGGAAUCCCUACCUAUGGAGCUGUUUUGCUUUUUAUGGUUGUUUUUGCUGUUAUACCCACUGUCACAUUCAAUGUUCAGAAUGUUUAUAAGGUUGUGGAGUCUAGAAAAGGAAGCAUGAUAAAUGCCUUGGCUAUGCUUGUCCCAUUCUUUGUGCUAUUGGUAGUAGUUAUUCUCUGGGAUUGUAUGUCUCCAUCUAAUUUAAUUGACAACUACCCACAUAUGGUGGUGAUGGGAACUGGACUAGCUUUUGGAUUCCUUGUGGGAAGGAUGAUAUUGGCUCACUUGUGUGAUGAACCCAAGGGAUUGAAAACCAGCAUGUGCAUGUCCUUGCUUUAUCUCCCACUUGGAAUUGCAAAUACAAUCACUGCAGGGUUAAAUGAUGGAAUUCCAUUGGUUGAUGAGAAAUGGGUUCUUCUUGGUUUCUGUGUAUACACAGCUGCACUGUAUCUGCACUUUGCCACGUCAGUUAUUCAUGAAAUAACAACAGCUCUUGGAAUUUACUGUUUUAGAAUCACAAAGAAAGAGGCUUGAGACAUGUUCAUGAAACUCACACGUGGGAAUGGUGCCUUGAAGAUCCUUGUGUCUUUGUUUGUAACCAUAACAUAUCAUGCCCUAUCUUACAAAUGUAGUGUAGCAUUUAGAUGCAGACUUUUUACUCCUUUUUUACUUUAUCAUAAUGCGGUUUAUUUGUUUUUCUUUUUAGAAAUUUUAAUUAUAAUUAGCUUAUAGGGUUUCUUUAUGUGUUUUUUAAUAUCAUAUUUCUCUUCUCAUCUCAUCUCAUCUCUUGGAAUAUUGUUCCUUAAUUUGGAUUCUGUGUUCUCUAAAGUUUAUUGAAC